CCCGCUGCCGCCGGCUGCCUUCGGCUGGCUGUGAGAUGCGCGCCUGCGCUGGUCCUCGCCUCGGAGCAGCCAUGAUGGAAGGCCUGGACGACGGCCCCGACUUCCUCUCGGAGGAGGACCGCGGACUUAAAGCAAUAAAUGUAGAUCUUCAAAGCGAUGCUGCUCUGCAGGUGGACAUUUCUGAUGCCCUUAGUGAGAGGGAUAAAGUAAAAUUCACUGUUCACACAAAGAGUUCACUGCCAAAUUUUAAACAAAAUGAGUUUUCUGUUGUUCGACAACAUGAGGAAUUUAUUUGGCUUCACGAUUCCUUCGUUGAAAAUGAAGAUUAUGCAGGUUACAUCAUCCCACCAGCACCACCAAGACCUGACUUUGAUGCUUCAAGGGAAAAACUACAGAAGCUUGGAGAAGGAGAGGGAUCGAUGACGAAGGAAGAAUUCACAAAGAUGAAACAGGAACUAGAAGCUGAGUAUUUGGCAAUAUUCAAGAAGACAGUUGCAAUGCAUGAAGUGUUCCUCUGUCGUGUGGCAGCACAUCCUAUUUUGAGAAAAGAUUUAAAUUUCCAUGUCUUCUUGGAAUAUAAUCAAGACUUGAGUGUGCGAGGAAAAAAUAAAAAAGAGAAACUUGAAGAUUUCUUUAAAAACAUGGUUAAAUCAGCAGAUGGAGUAAUUGUUUCAGGAGUAAAGGAUGUAGAUGAUUUCUUUGAGCAUGAGCGAACAUUCCUUUUAGAGUACCAUAACCGAGUUAAGGAUGCAUCUGCUAAAUCUGAUAGGAUGACAAGAUCCCACAAAAGUGCUGCAGAUGAUUACAAUAGAAUUGGUUCUUCAUUAUAUGCUUUAGGAACUCAGGAUUCUACAGAUAUAUGCAAGUUUUUUCUCAAAGUUUCAGAAUUGUUUGAUAAAACAAGAAAAAUAGAAGCACGAGUGUCUGCUGAUGAGGACCUCAAACUUUCUGACCUUUUAAAAUAUUACUUAAGAGAAUCUCAAGCAGCUAAGGAUCUCCUCUAUCGAAGAUCUAGGUCACUGGUGGAUUAUGAAAAUGCUAAUAAAGCACUGGAUAAAGCAAGAGCAAAAAAUAAAGAUGUUCUGCAAGCUGAAACUUCCCAACAGUUAUGUUGUCAGAAAUUUGAAAAAAUAUCUGAAUCUGCAAAACAAGAACUAAUAGAUUUUAAGACAAGAAGAGUUGCUGCAUUCCGAAAGAAUUUAGUGGAACUGGCAGAGUUAGAACUGAAGCAUGCAAAGGGUAACCUACAGUUGCUGCAGAACUGUCUGGCAGUGUUAAAUGGAGACACAUAAGCCACACUCCACCUUCCUGUUAAAAAGGGCUGCCUUCCUUCAAAUGUUAUUUUUGUUUUCUUAAUGAUAUUAGGCAUUUAUGCUCACUGGAAACAAACAGAACAACAGCUGACAAAGUGCAUCUACUCAUCUUUUUCUGACAAACAAUGGAGCGGCACCGUGCACAGGCAAUACCAGCCUGUGUGGUGUAAUGCUGCACUGUGUUCCUGGGACGUUUGUCCAUAAUCGUACACUCGUCCUCCUCAGAAGUCCAAAGUUCGGUCUUUUUUUAAUAAUUAGCCUUUGUAACUGUGUUUAUUUUAUAAAUAUUAUUCCUUAUGGCUGCCAAUCUUAUUUACCUUUAAAUAAUUUCUGAAGUUGAAUUCUUUCAAAAUGCAUUGUACAAACAAGAUAAUGAUUGCCUUUCUUGAAUUUUUUUGUUUUGUUUUUUUGUUUUUGGUGGCUGGCUAGUACAGGGAUCGAACCCUAGACCUUGGUGUUAUCAGCACCACGCUGUUAUCCACUGACCUAACCAGUCAGCCCUUGAAUUUUUUUUUUAAAAAGCAUUGUAUGCCACCUUAGUUCAUUCGUGUAUCCUGGUAAAGCAUCUUAAUCAGACUUAUUUUUAAUUAAUGAACAAAGUUUGGGGACAGAUUUUAUGUAAUCUUUAUAAGUAUGAUUUCUGAAGAAAAGCAAAUGCAUUAGUAUGUUUGCCUUAAACUUGUAGACUAAACCAAUUAUUGUAAAAUAAACAGCGAUAACAGUGAUAGUUUUUAACUCUGUGGUCAUUGUAGCACUCUAAAAUUUGGAGUAGCUGUAACAAAUCUACUCCUGUAUUAUGCUUUACAUUGCAGGUCUUAGUUUUUCUUGUUCUAUUUCUUUUAAAAUGGCAUAUUGAACCAAGUUCACCAAUCCCUUUACAAAAGAAUGAACUGCUCCUCUGGGUGUUCUUCACAGAAGGUGUAGUUGGGCAGAGACAGGUUACAGAUAGCUUUUUCUGAAAUACAGGAGCAGAAUACAGUCUGUUAUGGUUUCCUGGAUUCUGUCCUCAGCUCAGCAGCCAGUUAACCAUGAGACAUAUACCACUGAGCCACUUGGUAGUUAUCAUGCCGAUAUACAGAUUGGUAUGUACAGGAAAGGAGAUCUGCUAUAGGAGUAGCACUUAUCUGUGAGGGAAAUACAAUGGAAUAUUUGGGGAAAAAAAUGGUGUAUAGAUAGGAUAUUAGCUGCCAAUACUUACGUUACAAAUAUUAUUGGCCUUUCUAAUGUGAAUGAACAUUAUUGCCAUUCACAGUUUAAAGUUAGAUUGAGUAGUUGGAUUUUUCCACUGUCUUUUUCUCUUUUCUCCCAUUUGGAAACCACGGGCAUUUGGGCUAGUCACCCUUUGGGUGGGUUCCUAGUUUGUUUACAUUUUCCCACACCAUUCUGAAGAAUGCCUGGUCUCCAUCUCAUCGCCAGCCGUGAUCAUUCCAGCCUUUCUCAGCAGCAUGUUUUCGUGCCUCACACAUGUGCUAGUUAAUUGACAUUCCCCAUUGCUACUUGAACUGCUGACUUUUCUGUUGUUCGCUGAGAGAUCUGUGAGUUUCGUCAUACACGUACCCUUCAAUGGUAAUAGUAUGCCCGUGAGAUGUUCUGAAUUCAGGUCCAGCCCCUUCGCUGGCUGCCCUUGUGACCUCAAUCAGGUUUGGGCAGGUUCGCUUGACUUCUGCCUCCGUUCUCUACUAUAAAGGACAUAUUGACCUACCUCACAGGGGUGUUGUGAGGAUUAAUAAAUGUUGGUACCGCCUUUUGGAAAUGUGA